AGCCAGGAUGCUGGGCGAGAUCGCCCUUUACCGCCGCCCGCCCACGACCCAACGCGCGAGGGUCUCCUAGCCGGGAUGAGGAAAGGGGAGGGCGAGGAGAAGGCUGUGGCUCCGCGAGAAUCAAACAGACAGGCGGCGGCGGCCAAUCAGCGCCGCUUUCCCGAGCUGCGGAAAGCAAAAGCGACCCAGCAGCUUAGGAGCUUUUGCUUUGGAGGUAACCCAGAGCUUGGACUCCUGUGCGCCUCUCGGUCGCGCUCUCCCCGGACUGGGAGCAGCUGCGCACAGGGGGAUACAAGUCUCCUUCUCUUUCCUCGCCCCUCCGUUUCUCUCUUUUCCCUUCGCUUCUCUUAUAGCCCUUAAAGUUCCCUGUCACCAGUUAGGGCACGCCAGCUAAGGUAUAUCAAUAAGUAAUGUGCUGUAAAAGAAAAUAUUUAAAGGUAUAAAAUGUGUGGCUUCAACAAUCAGUUGUGAAGAUCACCGAUGUCAGUGGUUUCUUCACUUGGCUUUUCAUGAUGUGAACAGACCAAUGGGCAACUGAAUCAUGGACAAGCUAAAACAAACUUUAUGGACUGUUUUUUUAAAUCAGUUAUUUCCUUCAUCCAUGGGAGACUAUUAACGGAUUACAGUGGGAAAGAGAAAGUGGAAAACGAAGAAAGAAGCUCUUUGAAUUGGAAAGUGAUCCUACAAUGAGAAUUACGAGCACAUCUUGCAUCUGUCCAGUCCUAGUUUGUCUCUGUUUUGUGCAGAGGUGUUAUGGAACUGCACAUCAUGGCUCCAUUAAGGUGACUAGAAAUCAAACCAGACAUAUAGAGGGGGAAACAGAAGUCCACCACCGGCCCAAACGUGGAUGGGUAUGGAACCAGUUCUUUGUUUUAGAAGAGCACAUGGGACCGGAUCCACAAUAUGUUGGAAAGCUGCACUCCAAUUCCGACAAAGGUGAUGGAUCAGUCAAAUACAUUCUUACUGGUGAAGGGGCUGGGACUAUCUUUAUUAUUGAUGACACAACGGGAGACAUCCAUUCAACCAAAAGCCUAGAUCGAGAAAAGAAGACACACUAUGUGCUACAUGCCCAAGCUAUUGACAGAUGGACAAACAAACCACUUGAGCCUGAAUCUGAGUUUAUUAUCAAAGUACAAGAUAUCAAUGACAAUGCACCCAAAUUUACAGAUGGACCAUAUAUCGUUACUGUGCCAGAGAUGUCUGAUAUGGGUACCUCAGUCCUUCAGGUGACAGCCACAGAUGCAGAUGAUCCCACCUAUGGAAAUAGUGCCCGAGUAGUUUAUAGUAUUCUUCAGGGACAGCCAUAUUUCUCUGUUGAUCCUAAAACAGGAGUCAUAAGAACAGCUCUGCAUAAUAUGGACAGGGAAGCCAGAGAACAUUAUUCAGUUGUCAUUCAAGCCAAAGAUAUGGCUGGACAAGUUGGAGGGCUAUCAGGAUCAACCACAGUAAAUAUCACACUCACCGAUGUCAACGACAAUCCUCCCAGGUUCCCUCAGAAACAUUAUCAGCUGUAUGUUCCUGAAUCAGCACAGGUUGGUUCUGCUGUAGGCAAAAUCAAGGCCACUGAUGCAGACAUAGGGUCAAAUGCAGACAUGAAAUACAGCAUCAUAAAUGGGGAUGGUUCUGGAAUAUUUUCGAUAUCAACUGACAAAGAAACACGGGAAGGAAUUAUUUCCUUGAAGAAGCCACUCAACUAUGAAAAAAAGAAAUCCUAUACUCUUAGCAUAGAAGGAGCAAAUAUCCACCUCGAUUUCCGCUUCUCACAUUUAGGACCCUUUAAAGAUGUGACUAUGUUGAAGAUCGUUAUUGGAGAUGUGGAUGAGGCACCAUUGUUCACUCUUCCAACCUAUGUCAUGGAGGUUUAUGAAAAUGCAAAAAUUGGAACAACUGUGGGCACAGUAACAGCACAAGAUCCAGAUAGUGCUAAUAACUUAGUAAGGUAUUUCAUUGAUUACAAUACAGAAGACAGAUACUUCACUAUUGAUGCAAACACUGGAACCAUUAAGACUGCUAAGGUCUUUGACAGAGAAGAAACCCUUUGGUACAAUAUUACAGUCACUGCUUCUGAAAUUGACAGCCCUGGACUUUUGAGCCAUGUCCCUGUUGAAAUUAAAAUUCUUGAUGUUAACGACAACCCUCCAGAGCUUGCUGGAGACUAUAAUGUCAUUGUCUGUGAGAAUGCAAAGCCCAGCCAGAUUAUUCAGACAAUCAGUGCCACUGACAAAGAUGACAUUACAGAAGGGCGAAGCUUCCAUUUUGCUCUGGAUGACAAUUUUUCUUUGAAUCCCAACUUUACAUUAAAGGACAAUGAAGAUAAUACAGCCAGCAUCUUGACCCGAAGGAGAAGAUUUAGUCGGACUAUCCAAGAUGUAUAUUACCUUCCUAUUGUCAUCUCUGAUGCAGGGGUCCCACCUCUUAGCAGUAGUGCCACUCUUGUCAUUCGGGUAUGUGCAUGUGAAAGAGAUGGCCGUGUGCGGACCUGCCAUGCAGAAGCUUUCCUCUCGUCUGCAGGAUUGAGUACAGGAGCAUUAAUUGCUAUCCUGCUAUGUGUUGUCAUUCUCCUGGCAAUAGUGGUCCUGUUCAUCACUUUAAAACGCAGCAAAAAGGAGCCUCUGGUAAUUUCAGAGGAGGAUGUCCGGGAAAAUGUUGUCACUUAUGAUGAUGAGGGUGGAGGUGAGGAGGAUACAGAAGCUUUUGACAUUACUGCUCUGCGGAACCCAUCUGCUGCUGAAGAAUUGAAAUUCCGGAGGGAUAUUCGGCCUGAAGUGAAGCCUGCAACCAAACAUCCCACUUCAUCUCAUCUUGACAACAUAGAUGUUCAUGAAUUUAUUAGGCAAAGGCUGGCUGAAGCAGACCUUGAUCCGAGUGUGCCCCCAUAUGAUUCUCUACAGACAUAUGCAUAUGAAGGUCAAAGGUCAGAAGCUGGAUCUAUCAGCUCUUUGGAUUCAGCAACAACACAUUCUGACCAGGAUUAUAAUUAUCUUGGUGACUGGGGACCAGAGUUCAAGAAGCUAGCCGAACUUUAUGGAGAAAUAGAAUCUGAAAGAACAACUUAAUUAUCUUGAUCAUUCCCCAAAUAUGGAACAUUUUAGAUCUCUGAGCAACUUGGAAGCGUAAUGACAACAAUGGCUGAAUAUCGAUAUACUCAAGAUGUACACAGUUGCUGUAGAAAAAAGUGCCCUUUUCUCAUUUGAAAUGGGGUUCUUCAAUUGAAGAAAGUCAAAUUUUGAGGAAAAAAAGUACCCUUCCAUCCCCAAGAAAAGUUUGUCUCUUUAUGUAUAUUUUUUGUUGCACAAUAAAGUCCGUGGUGCAGUAAUAGUAACAAUAUUUUAAGUAAACAAAGCAAUGCCAACAUGCUUACAAUUUCCUGAAAUAUAUCAGAAUUGCAGUGGAUCUGUAGAGGGCCUACUUACAGGAAGAACUAAUUCUGUUUGGUUGGUUGUGGCAUUACAUAAUUAGCUCUGUUUGUAAGCUUAGAGCUAUUGGGUAAUUAAAUGGGGGCAGAGUAAAUUUCUCCUGUUUUAUUCAAUCCAAGGUAUUUUAUUUCUUUCAUAAGGGGACACUAGAAUUAUCUAGUCAAGUGACAGAUUACAUUCAAGAUUAAUAAUAUUCAGCUGGUUUCUUUAAAAACAAAACCUGACUACUGUUGGUGAAUGCAACAUUUCUGCAAGCCACCUUCAAUUUUUGUGUCCUGGAAAGGUAAUGAUGCAAGCAUUAAAUUGCUACUUAUUUAAAUUUAUAAUCUUCCCCCCUCUUAAACAUUUCUGCCUGAUAACAUGCUUCCAUUUUGUUGUUAUUUUGCCUUUUUUUAAAGCUAGAUAUUUUUUUUUCUUUCAUUUAAGGGAACAGCUUUUAGUUUCCUUCUGCAAUGGAAAUGAAUAGGAUUUCUUUUGUCUUUUGUAUUAUAUGUUAAGCUGUACAAUAGCUUAUAUUGUCUUAUUUUUAUUUGGAUUGGCAACAAAUUGAUCUCUCAUCAAUUAUGUCCUGAUGUAAGUAAACAUAAUUUGAUAUAAUGGGAUUUCCAUAUAUUUUGACAUAGGAAUAGAGUAAUUUUUUUUUUCAAAUUGCUCUUUUCAGGAUGCUAUAGUCUUUAAUUCAAAUGAUCCUAGACAGGGCAGGGGUUGAUGGGGAUUUUAUUCUGAAAAAUGUAAAUUGGGAAAGACUGGUAUAGUUUAUUAUCUAAAUAGAUGGAGUUAUCAGAAAUGAUCUAAAAGCACAUUCUGUAAAUCCUAUUGCUAAGUUGGUCAACUCAAUGUAAUGCACCAAUGCAGUAGCAACAAUAUAAGAUAUUCAUAUUAUGUCAUUGCAAAGUGGAGCUAUAAAAGGAUAUCUAAACAAUAUCUGGAAUCCUCCCAUUACCAGUAUUUGCUGAAAUGAUAAAUAGCUAUCUUUAUGUUGAAUCAUCUUGAUCAGAUGUUUGGAAAUGGGAAUAACAAGGAAGAUAGUGUUGAAUGUGUCAUAUUUUCCUUAUCUACUUCCUCCUCUUUAGUGGUGUGCAUUGCCCCACUUCAAUUAUAUCCUUCAGAUUUAAUCUAGUCCAUUUGAUUUUUCCAUAUAGAAAAGGA